GAAUAUGCGUCUUCAGGUAUCCCCUUGGCGAUUAACACAGGCUGGUAUUGGUGUCACGUUUCUAUUUUUUUAACAACGCAGUCAUCAAGUAAACGUUAAACUAUUGAACGUCGCAAUUUUGCAUCGUAAAGAUCGCUCGUAAAACGCGGCUGGUUUUAUGUUUGGCGACGUAAAAUAAUUUCCAUGAAAAUAGGCGGAAAAUUGAGAAAAUAUUUCCCGCGGCAAGAUACCUCGCGCAACGAAGAGGAGGAGGCACCUCUCGGCAAAAGGGACUAUAUUAAUCCCACGUUAAGUACCAUCCACUCGCUUCAGACGUGUUUCAUCUGCAUAAUUUUACACCGCUACACACAGCGGCGCCUAUUCAUUAUGCUACGCGAUCGCGGCUACUUUGUUAUGCAGUGAAAUGCUCCCGAGACCCGUUAAUACCGUUCGUUAAGGGAAGUGUGUCAUUAAGCGCAGAGAUCUCGACACGUUUCUCGGGAGCGAUUAAGUGCAAAUCACCAGUCGCGUUACUCGAGAAUUAAAUCAUUAAUAAUCCGCAAUAAAUUAAUAGCGAAUUAAUUAUCCUGUGAUCUCUCGAUCAAGAGCAGCAGCAUCGGCACGCGAGAUUACACGAAAAUUUCGUAACGCGCGUCGCGCUAUCAUCCCCUAUCGUGACCGGUAUCCGUACCCCGGUAACCCCGCCAUGUUGUUAGACAGUGGAAGGAAUUCCGGAGAUUCCACGGGACAUGUGUGUGCAAACCGUUCUAUUAAUGUACCCGUCACGCCGUGCCGAUCCGCCGUGCGGCACCGUUUCCUCUCUUUCUCUCCCUUUCCGCGUUUCUAGACCGACAGUCGUCCGCUCCGUUCCUCUUCCGAAGUGCGUAGCGCGUAGGCUUAUUCAAACACGCUCCCAAAGAGAAACAAGCGGCGGAUGCCACGAAGUGCCGUAAAAAUCCUCGCUCCUCUUUUCAUUGCGCUCAAGAGGAAACGGAACACCCGGCGAACGGGCGGUGGCCUCAAACGGCGGGCUGCUGCUCCCGCCAUGGGGAUGAAUGAUAAGACGCUCGCGCGGAAGUAACCCUCUCGGUAUAGUUAAUCUCUUGGCAUGCCAAUGUGACAAAUGCUCAUAGUAUGACGUCAAAUGCAAUUAGAGGCAUCAGAAGGAAGAAGAGCUCGCUCUGCGAAGUCAAGGUGGCUGUGAUAGGAGCGCCGGGAGUCGGCAAGAGCGCAUUGACGGUGAGGUUCCUGACGAGGCGGUACAUCGGCGAGUACGAUCAUCAAUCAGAAACUAGAUACAAGCAUGAGGUAUUGGUUGACGGGGAGCCGAUUCUCUUCGAGAUUUCAGAUACAUGUCCAAAGAGUGACGAUGAAUUGCCGUCGAUGGACACUCUACAAUGGGCGGACGGUUUACUGUUGGUUUACUCGAUAACAGACCGAGGCUCGUUCAAUUUUGUAAGGAAAGCGAAGGAAGCCCUCGCGGUGGCUGAUCCCGAGGCUGCGAUGCCUCUUGCCCUCGUCGGCAACAAAGCUGACAUGGUCCAUUUACGGCAAGUCAGCACCGAGGAAGGCGAGAUAUUAGCAAAGGAUUUCGAGUGUUGGUUCAGCGAAAUAACCGCCGCGGAACAGGUCGCGCAGGUCGCAGAAUCCUUUCACGAAUUAUGCAGGGAGGUUCUCGCCGCCAGAAGAAGGAACAAGCAAUCCUUGCUGAACCGAAUGCUCGGCAGUAAAGCGACGCGCGCUUACUCGCGAGGGAAGAGCGAUUCCGCGCUGCCGAAGGAGUAACGUAUCGUCGCCCGGAAUAUUUGCAGGCGUUAUAAAUAUAUCAGAAAGAAAAAAAUCAGUGUGACUGUGUCCUGAAGGAAACGGAGGAAACGAGACAAUCCGGAGAUACGACCGCAGUUCGGGGGGAAGGAGAGAGGCGUAGCUAUGAUAUAUAUGAGUGCCAAAGAAGAUGUCACGGUUUUUAAUUUAUACGAUGAUAGGGCUCGAAUAACUUGUACAGACUUUUGUAUAAUGUAAUAUCUCCGCAAUACAAAACAGAUAUAUAGCCACACACAUUACCUAAUCUUCAUGCAAGAUAUCCUAAAGUUCCAAGAUACGUUGAGAAAAUCAGGAGAUGCGACAUGAUGACCAACUGACUCGGGUUUUGUGUAAUACUUUUACAUUGCGAGCAUUGUAAUGGAUUUUGUAAUCUUUUUAUCGUAAAUUUAGUGGACCGACGCGUGAUUAUGGCAAACUGCGAAACGAGGUAUCUUGCCAUUCAGCCUUAACGCACGAUUUUGCCAAGAUAUCUCGUGUAAUUAGUUAGUAAAAAAUAUUGAGACUAGAUAUUAUUAAUGGAUAUUUAAUGAUAAAUAUUUAACAGUAAUACUUUAUAACCAUACGCUUUGUAACAAACAGUAUAAAAGAAUGAUGGAUAAAAAUAAAAGAAUGGACUUUUAAAA